AUGGGUGAGAAUAUGCAUCACAUUCUCAGGCUAUGCUACUCCGCAGAAUUGAUCAAAGUCAUCGUUACAUUCCUAUGCCGCGACUCGGCCAAAAAUGCCCAGCAAGACCCUCAAUUCGGUAGCUGGGAUCUAUCAGGGAUCAAGCAGUUCCAAAGUUGGUGCAAGGAACAGGGUGCCAUUGAAUUCAGCCCACAUAUUUCAGGCUCGCGUCUAUCCCAGCAAAGUUUCUGGGAUCUGGAGUGGAACACACAGUAUCUGAGCAAGUUGAUUGACGCGUACGCUCUUACGUUCCUCAGGAAGGCUUUGCUUCUGACUCACAUCCAUUUCGGUGUCGACUUUGCGAACCCCAACGAGAAUCCAGAAUUGCCAGAGCUGCAACGUCUGGCCAGGACCCUUCGUCUUCCCUCUCCUCAGGAAGUAGUGACGCAGCUCGGCAAUGACGAAGAGUUGCAGAUGGUUGCCGCGCGUUGGAUCAACAGCGUGCUUGUUAGCACUGCCACAAAAGAAAGAUUGCGAACCGACGCCCAAUAUCUCAGUCACCCAACAAUUUUCGAGCUCGUUGGCUUGCCUAAGCAUUACGAUACCCUGACAGAAGAAGCCAUCAAGCGACGCUGUCCUACGACUGGCAAAGAAGUGACAGAUCCCGCCAUCUGUUUGUUCUGCGGAGAAAUCUUCUGCAGUCAAGCUAGUUGCUGCAUGACGGACCGCAACAAGGGUGGGUGCUUCCAGCAUCGCGAGAAGUAA